GGUUUUUGAAAAAGAGGGCGGGACCAAAGUGGGCGGCGGCCCUAUUUCUGAUGCUUGUGCAUUUGCACUGCAAGCCUGGAAUUAGUGUCCUUGAGAUCCACAAAGGAGACCUGCAGCCUUCUAAGACACCGUCAUCAUGUCGAUUGUCCUCGGUGGGAUCUUUGUCCUUCACAUCGCAGCCAUCAUUCUCCUCCUGGUGGCCACCAUCGACAAUGCCUGGUGGGUGACUGAUACCAUGUCCACGGACGUUUGGGGUAGAUGGAUCGGGCAAAAUGGAGUCUGGAACUUCACCAGCCUCCCAGACAUCCCAUCUUACCCCUCAGACUACCUCCAGGCGGUGCAGGCCACCUCGGUGCUGGCGUGCAUCUUCUCUGGCCUCGGGGUCUUUGUGUUUGCCGUUGAGCUCUUCACUCUGCAGAAGGGACGUAAAUUCAUCGUUUCGGGGAUCUUUCAGUCUCUUGCCUGCCUGUUCAUCAUGAUCGCAGCCUCCAUCUACACAGACCGCUUCCACCUGGAGGAGCACGGUUCGUAUGGCCACUGCUACAUCCUAGCCUGGAUCGCCUUCGGUCUCACCUUCAUCUCUGCCGUCAUUUACUUUGCUCUACGCAAGAAAUGAGACAGACUUUAGAAUCGAGCUCCACGUGACCCUGAAUUUUUAUUAUUUGGAUGUUUGUUUGUUGUUUUGUUUGUUUGUUGAUGGGGCAGCUCUGCUCUUUCUCCUAAAACCUGAUGAGUUUGUGUUUUGGAUUUGAGUAAAUUCAGCUCAGGACACAGCAAACCUGUCGAUCCUCUCAAACACACCCAGUGUUUGACUGAUCUUUACAGCUGUUUGGGUCCUGAGAUGGGCUGGAGUACUUCAGGUAGGGCUGCCAACUUUAAAAUAAUAAAACGAGGAACGCUGGCUGUGCCGUUUACGCGGUUUGGGCAUACCUGCCCGUGCAGACAAGGAGCUGUGUCCAAACGUUUGACUGGUUCUUCACGUCUUCGUCCUUAUUAGUUAACCAGUAAUUUAGACAAAGGAAUUUCUUUUUGAUUUAAGCUGUUUUGAUUGGUUAACAUUAAGCUAUGUUAGACUCUGACCAAUCAGUGAGGUAUCAAGAUCAUUGUCUGAAUUUUCUUCUAUUCCACCUGAUUGGUCUCAUCAGGGUUUAAACAUCUUUUCCAGGAGAGAUCGGGUCCAAAACCAGGACAGCACAAGAUCUCAAACACAUUAAAGCUAAACGUCCGUUAGAUCACAUCCUACAGAGAGCUUCAAUCAGAACUUAUGACAGGAGUCGAGUGUACAGACAGCUUCGACGUCCCCGUCAGAUCGGGGCCCAACUGGCAUUAAAGUAACACUAAAUAGUUCCUUAAACUUUAAGCUAGCUUGAUCUCGGUGAUUGUUGGGUUAAAAAUCUUGACCUGUUUCAUAUUUGACACCACUCUGCAGCCCCCUACUACUGCUAGCCGUUAGCUUUUUCAGAUCGUGCACCGUGAAUAAAAAAGCACAAGAAGAAUUAAAAGAGGAAUUUUGCUUUUCUGUUGGCGCAUUGGCGGAGCCUGGAAGUAAACGCAAUAGAGAAACGUCUUUGGAGGUGAAACAAAGAGCUAAAACCAGAGGGAACAUCGGCACGGCCUACGCUAGUUUAGGGGGCUAAAGGAUGCUACAAAAUCACGGACUGAUGAUGACCUGGCUUUGUUGCUACUGGACUUGUAAGUAAUAAUAUGUUUUGUCAGAAAAUGUGGAUCUUUAUACUUCGUGGUUUAUUUUAGUUUUAGCUGGCUCAUGUUAGUGUUAGCUUGCUGUUAGCGCUAGCUACAGCAGGGUCGUUUACGACAGUUGCAAUUCCCCUUUCAGCCAGUAGGGCGGAGGAGCAGGAAACUGUCUAGCGUUACUUUAAAUCUGCAGGGACAAAAACAAACCACAUUCUCUACUAAUUAAAUACGGAUCAUGUCCUUUUCUUUUCAAACAUUGAACCGUUGCUUAUUUUCAGGGACAGUUGGACACCCUAACUUCAGAGAGUCUGAAAAAUACCAUUUUUUCAACUAAACAGAAACAAUUGCUCGUGAGGGGUUGUGGUGAGAUUAGAGAGCAACACUUCAUAACGGGGGUAGAAAUCACACAAACGAUCCGUUGAUGAUUAGUUUAGUCUUCCAUCAACUGAUAAUCCCGCCUCCGUUCAUAGAAUCAGUUCACUUAGUUUGUAACAUGAAAUGUUGAAAUACAGCGGCUGUUCGUUUGUGAUCUAUAGCUACUAAUUAAAGAGCAAGUCACCCCCGAAUCCACUUUAAUUUUCUGAUAAACUAUAUAAAUGCGUGUCCAAUCAUGCUGCAGACACUUGUAGUCAGUAGUUUAGUUAAAAUACAAAUUUUCUGCCUAAAACCGUCAGUGUUGUGCCGUUGUCAGGUAAAAACUCUGCACUGCAUUUGAAUUUAAAUCUGCCAUCGCUAUUGGCUAAGAGGUACCCUAGAAUGUUAGCUGGUACCAUAUGAUGUCACAAUGUCGUUGUGAGCCUGUCUGAGUGUAUUUGUUAGCGGCUCCGCCCUCUCGGUCUGCUAGGCAUUUUUCAAACAGGAAGUGGGAGCUGUGUAAGAAUCUGGUAGGGGGUGACUUGCUCUUUAAAUAAAACCUAAGGUUAUUAUUUAAAAAAGGAUUUUCUGUUACAACUCUCAGGUCUUUGAUUGGAACCCUUGUUGUGAAGUGUGUCUAUUGAAGAUUCAAAUCUGUGGUUUUUUGUUGUUUUUAUGAACAUGUACUCAUGGAUGUGUAUGUUACAGUAAUUACAGAGGGUGUUGUUGUAUUUAGGUAUUGUUUAUGCACAGUUUUAUUGUUGUUACUUCUUUUGCUGUCUAAAAAUCUGUUAUUUUUCUUUGUAAAGUCAAACAGGCAGCGACAAAUACGUCUAAAGCCUGAAACAAGCCAUGAUUGUGUUUCUGUGCAACAUGAUGCGAGUCAGAAGGCAAAAACACAACCUGGAGAUUGUUUUUAGCAGAACUGCAACGAGGAAGACGACAAAACUAAGUCUGAUCACACAAAGGUGUAAUCCCGGAGACACGAGAGUUCAAUUUUACAGAAACCGACAAAUAAAAACAGAUUUCCAUGUUCUGGUGGCGCCUCACACGUGUUCAAAAGGCCUGGUCUGAAUCUCCAGCAUCAAUGAAACCUUGUGUAAAUAGGGUUAGUUAACCCAUAAUGCUCUUUGUGUGUCUGAUGCUGUUUUAUUUUUGCUAUACGUGUUUAAAAUGACUAACAGUAACAUUUACUAUAUUAAAACUGCAUUUUCAGAGUC